GAACGCUGAUCGACGGAAACAAUGUGACAGAUGAACUUGAGAGAGUUAACAUAAUAAUUAAAUAAAUAUGAUUCUGUUCCUGAUAGGGCUAAGUACGUUUAGCAUAGGACUAAGCCAUGCGUCGAGUUGUCAUAGCUUACAGCAAUCGCAGCUGGCAUCCCUCAAUGAGCGAAUGAAUCAGAUGAUCAACGCGCUAUACCCAUUCUCCAAGGCCAAGUCGUCUGGGGCAUCGUAUCAAAGUUCAACACCCGCGCCGCCCAGUGAAUAUUCAACAGUAUCUCCCUACGACCCGUCUUGCUACCAGUACUCACCCUCAGGGUACCAAGCGCCCUCACAGGGGUACCAAGCGCCGUCGCCACAGGUCAUCUACAUGUCACAGCCGCAGUCUUCGUCAACAGUAGCCAUAUCUCCGCCUUCACCUGGAAACCCACCUACAGUUACGAUAUCCACUACUCGGUCAUGCUACCCUUCAUAUGAACAGGAGUACGCGUAUGAAGCACCUAAAUAUCCGCCCCAGUAUUAUGAGUACUCGUAUCCUCAGUACGCGCCGCCGCCGCCGUACUCAGCCUCGCAGUACACACAGACAGAAUGUAGUUGCCAGCAGGAGUACCCUCCACCGCAACCUUGUCCCCAUAGAUCUGCGCCGUCGACGCCUCCGCAACCAGAAUAUCAAAACUGUCCUCCAGCGCCUCCGUGCUCGCCCCCACCGCCAUAUCAGCCCACUAACUACCCGCCGGCACCGUCAUCUCCAUACACGCCGCCACCAUCAUCCCCGUACACGCCGCCAUACGCGCCGCCGACGCCGGCGUGUUACCCACCAGCGCCACAAUCAUACACGCCGCAGUCUUACCCACCCCCACCACAGUCUUACCCACCGCCACCACAGUCUUACCCACCACCGCCGUACACCUACGGACCGCCCGCAUACCCACAAAACAACUUACAGUACCCACCCGCUCCAACAAAUCCUCGAGACCUCAUUCAGAUGCCACAGUUUUAAGUGACUUAGUUUAAAUAAUUUAUUUCAUGUUUUAUACUAAAACUCUAAUAAAUGCUGAGACUU